AAUUUUCUCACUGCAUCCGCCGGGAAAAUCCACCACCACCUCCUACCUACUAUUGGUGCUCUAACUUUGGUAGCCGGACUGAACCAUGGCAGCCCCGACAGACGCCGGCGUAGACACAGUAUCAGCAGUAGCAACAACAGCAAUAGCAGAACCAGCAGCGGCGAACCCCGACGACGACGCGAUGGACCUGACGCUGAUCGUUGCGGCCACGCGCACCAUGGGCAUCGGGCUCGCCGGCGCGCUGCCGUGGACGGGGCUCAGGCGGGAGAUGGCCUACUUUGCGCGCGUCACCAAGCGCGCGCCGCCCGGAGCCGUCAACGCCGUCAACGCCGUCGUCAUGGGCCGCCGGACCUGGGACAGCAUCCCGCCCCGCUUCCGCCCGCUCAAGGGCCGCCUCAACGUCGUGCUCAGCCGGGCCGCGCCGCCGCCGCUCAACAGUGUGGGGCAGGGAAAGGAUGGUGAGGAGGAUGGGGAUGGGGAUGGGGAUGGGGAAUCGCCCGUCGUCCACGCCCGCUCGCUGCCCGAGGCGCUCGAGUACCUGGCCCGCCAGCGGCGGCCGCCCCUGGGCCGCGUCUUCGUCAUUGGCGGGGCGCAGAUCUACGACGCGGCGCUGGCGCUGGAACCCCCCGCGGCGACGGUGCGGCGCGUGCUGCUCACCAGCAUCCUGACCGACUUUGAGUGCGACACGACCCUGUCGUCGCUCAGGCUGGGGGCGGCGGCCGAGGGCGGCGGCGGCGGCGGCGGCGAGUGGAGGAGGGCGCCCAAAGAGCGGCUCGACGCCUGGGCGGGCGAGGCGGUGCCCGAGGGCGUGCAGGAGGAGAACGGGACGUCGUACGAGUUUCAGAUGUGGGAGAGGGAGGUGGCCGAGGCGACAUAGGCCGGUGGUGGUGGAUCGGAUCACUGUAGUCUCUGCGGGCAACGGCGGCCAUUUUCCGGAUUUUUCUCUAUACCGAUGUGGUUUCGUGGAGAUGGAUAUCAUAACAGCCUGGUCCCCCCAUGUGUUUGACCUUCCUGCAAGCCUGCCUAGGUAGCCCCGGGAUCAUCCUCACCUAGACAAAAAAAGAAAAACGCCAGCCUG